AUGGAAAUGUGUGGUUUGAAGAAUGGUGAUGUUAGAGUUGGGCAAGCGUUCGAAGAGGCUAGAAAUGUUAUCUUGCAAGCUAAUCUCACGCACAUCGAACACAAGCUCCUUGUCGACUUCAUCGAGCAGGCAGCCAGCCCCGAUUUGGCAGCAUGUGAAGUAUUGAAAAGGGCUAGGUGCAAUACGGGCCGUCCCAUAGAAGAAACCCUGCGUGACUUCAAGAAGGAUUGGCACAGCCUGGUUGCAACAGUCGCUCACUCAAUGCCAAACCCGGUCCAUGAUCCCACCCUCAGAGACCUCGUCUAUCGUCGCGAUCAGUCCCGGCGCUGCGUCACAUCUCCGGAACGCCGGCAACUCGCUCCACCGGAACCGACAUUCAUCUUACCGCCGUCUCUGGCGCGCCUCCUCGGAGAUGAGGACGGUGUACCACGCUCGCUAAUGGACGCAUUCAUGACCCCGUCGGGAGCCUCUCAGGUGUGGAACAAGCUCCCAGACACAAGUGCUCAGGACAUGCUCGCCAACAUCUGGCUGCUCGCACCAGGAGUGAGCUACGCCUUUUGAAAUGGCCAUCUCCAGAUCGGACCACGCAGAGUGACCCGGGAAGAAUUCGAUCCGGCUGCAGCUGAGGAAGGUGCAUCGAGGGCCUAAGUGAGUGUCUUACAUCUUCCCGACCGAGCCAGGAACCAUUCUCUAUUCGGCGCGCAGUCUAUUGAACGAGGG